AUGUUGUGGAUGCGUUCUUGGCAAUUCUUCAAGCUGCUGAGGCCCGUUCUCUUAAAGCGGCCCAUUCUCAGCAAUGGCCGCGACUACAACUCUAUAAACGCUGGACAGUCGCCCUAUGGCUCUGGAGAUCCUUACUACAACGAAUCCUCGGGAUAUAUUACUCCCCAGCCUCCGGUGAAGAAACAGACCAGCAACUGGAUUAAAUUUGGUAUUCCCCUUGCCAUGUCGUUAUCCAGCAGCGGUAGCGCAGCCGCUAGUGUGGCUGCUAGUGUGAAGAAUGAGCUUGGUGUAUUCCCCACGUCCACGGAUAGCCAGUAUUUGCUUCCCAUUUACCCUGCUACCACCAAUACCGCUGCCUACACUACUCCCACACGCAUUUCAACAAGCAAUGCUGCGUAUGCCUGGCCGCAGGAUCCAUUUCAACCUUCUAACCCUAGCCCGACGUCUCUUCGUUCGGAUCGUCCUCGCCUCAUCGCUCCCGCUUACAAGUGGGAAGCUCUCCCUCAGCUCAUCCAGAAUGAUCCAUAUCUUAAAUCCUGGAACGAUUCUAUAUUCAACAAUGCUACCCAAUAUUACAAUGCGCCACCCGUUGCAUACUUCUACGAUGGCGGUAAUGGUAUCUUGGAUAUUGCUCGUCAGAUCAAAAUGCGCAUCAAAGCAUUCUCUUAUGCGUACCGCGUGACAAACAAUACUAUGUGGGUAGAUAGAGCAUGGUCAGAGUUGCAGAAUGCUGCGGGUAAUAGUACCGGCGGAUUUGGCCCUGGAAACUAUACUAAAUGGAACCCUGUUCAUUUCCUUGACACCGCCGAACUCUCCGUAGCGUAUGCCGUCGCCUACGAUUGGAUGUAUGACCAGUGGACCCCGGAGCAGAAGGAGUCUAUCAUGUUUACUUUGUUGGAAUAUGGUCUCAAUAAUGGCAUUAUCGCAUACGAUCCUGCAAACGAUCCAUUAUACUUUGGAUGGUGGACAAAUGCUACGGAAGGGAAUUGGAACUGUGUUUGCAAUAACGGACUUACCAUGGGUGCCCUCGCAAUUCUAGGCGAUGAUACCACAGGAGUUGCGGAGCAGCUUCUAAGUCUGACAGUCCAGAAUGCCCUUCAGAAUUGCGUAUUAGCUACCUCAAGUGAUGGCACAUGGUCAGAGACUAAUGAUUACUGGUACUUCGGCCAAACCGGACUUUCAGAAAUGGCGGCUUCUCUUCUAUCCGCUGCUGGUUCAACUUUCGGGAUGUUGAGCACCAAUGCCGAUCUCUACAAGACGGGAUUGUUCCAUAUGUAUUCCACUGGCCCUGGUUCACUCUUCAACUAUGGAGAUACAGGUCCAAACAAAUUCACUGCGACUGCCAAUUCCUUGCUGUUCUAUGCCCAACAAUUCAACCAGCCACAAUUCGCACUCUUUCAGCGUGAUCAGUUCGAUGCUCCUGAGCCUUGGAGCAUGUUCUGGUACGAUCCAAAUCUUUCUGGCGCGUUCUGGGAUGGUUUGGCUCUAGAUCAUUACUUCAACAAUAACACUGAUCAGUGGGCCUCAAUGAGGUCUAGCUGGACUGACGAAAAUGCGCUUUUUGUCGGUGUUAAGGCCGGAACCCUCCAAGGUCAUCAAACUCACAACGAUUUGGAUUGUGGUGAUUUCGUUGUAGAUGCUCUUGGCACUCGGUGGUUUGGGGAACUUGGGGAUGGAAACUACAAUGCGGAGGGUUAUUUUUCUAAUGAUAAUCAGGACAGUCAAAGGUGGCUGUAUUACAGAAAGAUGACCGAGGGCCAGAACACGAUUCUUGUCAAUAAGCAGAAUCAGAAUGUUCUUGCGGCUCCUGUUGCCAACUUCAACUCUACAGGAACGACGCAAGGCUCUAGUACUGUCUUUGAUGUGCCUAGUGGAUCGACGGCGUACUUCAUUGCUGAUAUCUCAAGUGCCUAUUUCAAUGCGUACGUUUCUGUUUUCUUCAUAUUCGCUAGUUUUGCUGAGAUAUAUGUUAGCACGUCUAUCAAACGAGGCAUACACUUGAUUAACCAACGCAAACAAGUUCUCGUCCAGGACGAGAUUAAUGUUCAGGCAUCUGUGAUGUGGCGAGCUCAUACCAACGCUACAGUGAACAUAUCUAGUGAUGGUUUGGCAGCUACUCUGCAAAUCGGCUCACAGACAACCUUGGUACAAUUGUUGAAUCCGCCUACUGGAGCUGUCUUCACGACGAUGGCGGCUCAGCGGUUCUCAACAGACCCAGCGACGCCUCCUGGUAACCCUGAUCAACCUAACCCCGGUGUCACCGUUCUGACGAUCAGUUUAUCCACCCCUGGUACCUAUACCUUACAAGUGCUGAUUAGCCCACAAUGGCCAGGGAUGUCGGCCAGUUCAUAUGCCACGCCGACUGAAGUACCGCUUGACCAGUGGUCGCUCAUUAGCCACCCUUAA